AUCGGGAUACUGCAAAGCGGUGGUAAAACGUGUGGGACGUGGAGGCCGCGGGGGUACAGGUGCAGGUCGCAAGGAAAUGUUCAACCUCUUCGAUGGUGGCAUAUCAGAAGCCUCAUCGUAGUGCUUGCGCUUUUCGGCCAUGUAAGCAUCGUACGCCUCAUAUUCUUCAACGUUGUAGGGCACUCCUGGAUCUGGAGGAUAGGGUGACGGGAGCUCGGUGCCCUCUAAGCCGAGCUCCCUGGGAGAAAAUCCGACGGGGAGUCUUCGGGGUCAGCGUAGUACGCGCCGACGUCUUUGAGCACCCAGGAAUAAUACUCCUCUUGGGUAUCGUCGUAGUCGGAGAUAUCCUCGGGGUAAAAGCAAGCGGCCAACCGAUACCCACGCCAAGUGUCAAGCUUGGUCAUCGACUUGCAGUCUCGGAACCCGUGCCCAGUUUGGCCGCAGCGGAAGCAAGAUCUUUCAGGACGCCUCUGGGGGCGGGCGGACGGCAGACCGGGAGGAUAUUGAUUGCUAUUGGAUGCCUGUUUGACGGCCAAGUUCUGCAUACGGGAGGUAAGAUCGCUGACUGGAUCUGCUGGCGUAGUCGUCUGAAUUGUAGUUUGAAUUGUAGGCGCUGGUGGGGCUUGUUGACGAGGGGCCGGUGCCGGAGUCGGAUACGUACGGUCACAACUGGGGUAUGCGCGCGGAGCUUGACGGACAGCCGGAGGGCACCAGAAGUCCGUUCGAUUGGUGGCGAUCGGGGCCGAAUAUGCGUCUUUGCGCUCAGCGUAAUCCGCACAGGCACUUACGAGAUCCUCAAUGGGGAGCUGGGUGAAGUUUGGCAAGCUGAGGGCGUGUGUGAGAGUAGCGCUAUCACCCAAGCCGCGGAUAAAGGCUCGAGCAAUCUGGGUGCGGGUGAGUUCAGUGGCGACUGUAGCAAUGUGCUUGUUCAGGUACUCCAGUUCGUAGACCAACGACAAGAACAAGCUCCCGUACUGACGAAUGGUCUGCCCUUCCGUGCGCUGGAAAGUCGAAAUGCGAUCUGCGAAAAGCGACGGGUCACGAUCGAUCGAACAAGCGACGGGUCACGAUUCUAGAACCAUGUCGGUGCGAACGUGGUUCCAAUCUUGUGUGUUGCC